GUGAGCGCAAAGGAGGUUCUCCCCCUCUAGGACUCUCCUUUACACCUACUCUAUCAGCAGCUGGACAACCUGAUACAAUGGAUAACAACUUUCACAGUGAAGGUUGAACAGAGCUGAGGGAUCACCACCAACCAACAAAGGACUUUCUUUCCCCUGUUCCUGGAGAUCCUUUUCGUGCCACCUGCUAAAUUAUUAAGUAGGGUGAUUAUGUGCGAGGGAAACUAAUCAGUUCUUUUACAUUUGUGGAGAAGUAGGAGCGCGCUUUUGGCACCAUGGAGGACAUCUUCAAGGAUCAAGAUGUGUGGUCCUUCAAUGAGUCGUCUAGAAACUCCAGCGUCAACAAUGAAACUUACGGCGUGAACCAGACGGUGAACCCGCUCAAGCGGAAUGAGGAGGUGGCAAAAGUUGAAGUCACUGUGUUGGCCUUGGUGCUCUUCUUGGCGCUCGCUGGUAACCUUUGCGUCCUUGUUGCAGUUCGCACGGCCAAGCACAGUCAGUCUCGCAUGUAUUACUUCAUGAAGCACCUCAGCAUUGCAGAUCUGGUCGUGGCUGUCUUCCAGGUACUUCCUCAACUCAUCUGGGACAUCACGUUUCGCUUUUAUGGACCAGACAUCUUGUGCAGGUUGGUGAAAUAUCUUCAGACAGUUGGGAUGUUCGCCUCCACGUACAUGCUGGUGCUGAUGUCCAUAGACAGAUGUAUGGCAAUCUGCCAGCCUCUUCGCUCUUUACACAAGAGAAAGGACCGCUGUUACGUGAUUUGUUCUUGGGCACUAAGCUUACUUUUCAGCAUCCCACAGGUUUAUAUAUUCUCCUUACGGGAGGUGGGUUCAGGAGUUUAUGAUUGCUGGGGAGAUUUCGUGCAGCCGUGGGGAGCGAAAGCCUACAUCACGUGGAUUAGUCUGACAAUAUACAUCAUACCAGUGGCCAUUCUGAGUGUCUGUUACGGAUUGAUAAGUUUUAAAAUAUGGCAAAACUUUAAAAGGAAGACGAAGAGGCACCAGUGUAUCACUCUCACGCCCAAGGCAUCGAAAAGCAGCGCGCUCGCGCGGGUCAGCAGCGUCAAACUCAUCUCCAAGGCUAAAAUCACCACCGUUAAAAUGACCUUUGUUAUCGUUCUGGCUUAUAUAGUGUGCUGGACUCCGUUUUUCUCCGUACAGAUGUGGUCAGCAUGGGAUCCUGAAGCACCAAGGGAAGCGAUGCCCUUCAUCAUUUCCAUGUUGCUGGCCAGUCUGAACAGCUGCUGUAACCCCUGGAUCUACAUGUUUUUUGCUGGGCAUCUCUUUCACGACCUGAAGCAGAACCUCCUGUGCUGCUCCACGCUCUAUCUGAAAUCCUCUCAGUGCCGCUGUGAUCCGGAGCAAGAUUCCCGUAAGAGCAACUCCUCCACCUACGUCAUCAAAAGUACCAGCAGCCAGCGGAGUAUCACCCAGACCUCUGUCACAUAAACCAGACGCACCUCAAAGCCAGUUUUUCACAUUUUUGAAAGCCAGACGGGAAAGCUAAAAUACAACCCCACACAAGACUGUCACCAUCAGUUUGCUUCAGCUCUGUUUUCGGUUGGGAAUUAUUCUGAAUGUCAUUUUUAUUACACUACUUCAUUUUCUUAUCUCUAAGGACCUUGAGCAGCAGUAAUCUAUGUAUUGUGUUUCAAGACAUUACAGAAUGAACAUCAUUCGAUCCCAGACUGUGUUUAUGGGUCUGUUUAUAUUUAGUCACACAUGGUUUGAAUUGCUAUCUGAUUGUGCAUGCGCAUUCACUUUGGCCACAUAAAAGUGUCUUGGUGCUGGGCACCUAAAUUGGUUGCAUUUGAUGUGGCUCAUAAAAACAGGACGUGGCUGAAUAAGCUUUGACGAUUGUGGUACAAUAAUAGCAACCAUAAUGUGCUGCAUUCUGUUUGGGGCUCACAAAACCUCCAUACGCUGAUGUAGAUAUGUUUAGGAGGAGCAAAGUUUGCAUAUGUGGCCCCGGAGAGCCAGAUGGAUUUACACUUGGCCGAGUCUCAAACCGCCAGAUCGGAUUUCUGUCGCUCUUAAGUGUGUCUCAGAGUGUCCAAGUGUAAAUAGCCCUGAUAUAAUGUAAACAUGCAAAAACAAGUCAACCUUAAAGG